UCCAUCCGCCAUAGCCGCAGUCGUGAAAAGCAAAACAGAAACGUCAUUAGGCAGUCAACAGCGUAUCCACAGUUGAUAGCAGAACCGACACAGAGAAGAACCCUGAACGGAGAUCCAGACCCUGGUUCUGGAGUCCUCUUAUACCCUGAAAAUGAAAUUUCUGUACAAAGAAGAACAUCCAUUUGAGAAGAGACGGUCAGAGGGAGAAAAAAUAAGGAAGAAGUACCCAGACAGGGUGCCAGUGAUAGUGGAGAAAGCCCCAAAAGCAAGGAUAGGAGAUCUGGACAAGAAAAAGUAUCUGGUUCCCUCCGACCUCACAGUGGGCCAGUUCUACUUCCUCAUCCGGAAACGAAUUCACCUGCGUGCUGAGGAUGCCCUUUUCUUCUUUGUCAACAAUGUCAUUCCUCCAACAUCAGCAACCAUGGGUCUGCUAUACCAGGAACACCAUGAGGAAGACUUUUUCCUCUACAUCGCCUACAGUGAUGAAAGUGUCUACGGAGGCAGCAUGCGAGAAAUAUAACCCCCCCCCCUCAACAGCUUCCCCACCCCCCUGUCCCCAACAACAACUAAACUGCAUUCAGCCCCCCUAGAGUCCACCACUGCAAUAACAUCCAAUGCAAUUUCACUCCCCCACACCCCCCUGUGUCCUUCCCUCAGUUGCUGUUCCUUCAUACCUCUUACUUCCCCCUCUUACUUUAUGAAUAUGUAUGUAUGCUAAUCAGAAAAACAACUUGGAACCAUCUCGCAUUAGUUUGAAAAAGAGUGAAGCAUAAAUUUAGACAGAAUGAACGGUUCUCCUUUCAUCCUGUUUCUGCUUUUGAUGGUAGAAUAAUUAUUUUUGGUUAAUAUUGUUUUAAUUAUUUUGGAUGUUCAGUUUCUUAAACUCUUGUAAAAGCUGUGUGCAAGGUGUAUUUUCCUUAUAUUUUGAUUCUUUUUAUUUUAACUCUGUAUGCAGCUGUAUUGCUGGAACUCUCCACUCAUGACCAUUAUAAACUUGUCAAAAAAUAA